AUGUGUGGAAUUCUAUUCCGCUUGCGAAAAAAUUCGAACUCGGAUGAUGGAAAUUCGUUCCACAAAGAUUUAUGGAAUCAAUUAAUUGUUAAAAAUACACAACGUGGUCCUGAUAUCCAAUACCAAUUUUCUGAAUCAUUAAAUAAUAUUAAAUUGGACUUUUUUGGUGCAGUAUUGCAUCUGCGUGGAAAAUCUGUUAUUAAACAACCUUUAAUAGAUAGUGAUCAAAAUAUUUUAUUAUGGAAUGGUGAAAUUUUUGACGGUUUAGAGGUGCCUUUUGGAGAAAAUGAUACAAUUUGUUUAGCAACUGUCUUAAAAGAUAGUGAAAAUGUUAGUGAGAUUAAUGAUAAUAAUGAUGUUCUUAAUGUUCUUCAAAUGAUUGAGGGACCAUACUCAAUUAUAUACUGGCAGAGUUCAAAACGAAAACUAUGGUUUGGACGUGAUUGUUUAGGAAGACGUUCGUUAUUAUGGCAUAUUCCUUCUGGUGAAGAAGAUAGUUUUUUGUUAACUUCUGUGGGUUGUAAGAUACCACAUGGCUUAGAACAUGUUGAAGCGAUUUCUUAUUUUCAGGAAGUUCCUGCUGAUGGUAUCUAUUGUUUGGACAUUGAUUCCAUGUUAUCAUCGGGUACUUUAGAAUCUACAUCGAAUCCUUUUAUUCCAGCGAUAUCUUUAGAAAUGGAACAAGCUAUUAAUCAAAUGAUUGAUGUGUUGGGUGAUUCUGUGCGCCGACGUGUUUUUGAUAUUCCACGAAUAGGGGGACAACAAGAUGCUAGUGUGGCGAUAUUGUUUUCUGGAGGAUUAGAUUGUAUUUGUCUUGCUGCGUUAGCAGAUAAAUAUAUUCCACAUGAAGAACCGAUAGACUUACUAAAUGUGGGUUUUGAGAACCCUAGAAUACAACAAACAUUAUCACGAAAAAAGAAAAAGACUACGGCAGAAAGUGAUAAAAGUAAAUCGAUUUAUGAUGUUCCUGAUAGAUUAACUGGUCGUCAAGGUGUUGAAGAAUUGAGGAAAAUUUCACCAAACAGAAUAUGGAAUUUUGUUGAAGUGAAUGUUCCUUAUGAACAAGUUGGUCAAUAUAAAGGUGAAAUUCUAGAAUUAAUGUCACCAUCAGAUACAAUUAUGGAUUUGAGCAUAGCAAUGGCUUUUUGGUUCGCUGUAAGAGGUCAUGGUCAAAUUGCACGUUCUGAUGGUUCAGAGGAAAUGAUAAGAUUUGAAAGCAAGGCAAAAGUAAUACUUAUUGGAGUAGGUGCAGACGAAUUACUUGCUGGAUAUUCACGUCACCGUGAAGCUUUUAAUCAAGGUGGCUGGGAAAGAUUGAUUCAAGAGGCAAGUGCAAUUUCCGCAUAUGUACAGUUAGAUGUAGAUAGAAUAUCGACAAGGAAUCUAGAAUUAACUCAGUUACAUCGUUUAAUUGUUAAUUUAGGUCGGGAUGAUCGUGUAAUCACAUCACAUUCCAAAGAAUCUAGGUUUCCUUAUCUUUCCACCAAUGUCGUGUCAUUUAUCUGUUCGUUACCAAUGCACAUUAAAGCUGAUAUGAGGUUUCCAAGAGGCACGGGUGAAAAAUUACUGUUACGUCAUGUUGCAAGAAGAUUAGGGUUAAUCAAUGCUAGUACGCUUUGGAAAAGAGCGAUACAGUUUGGGGCCAAAACUGCAAAGAUGACCAAUGAAAGGAGGGGUGAAAAAGGAGAUAUGAAAGUUGAAUAUGAAUGA